GAUUGAUGUCAUUCUUAGUUAGCUUUUGGUAUUGAAACAAAAUGAGUUAUGACUACUGUAAUUUUGUUUAUCUUUGUUCUUUCCAGUUCUGAUACUAUCACCAUGCAAAAUCACGAGAAAGGGAAUGUUUUGCAUCUGGAGACAAUCUGUGGUUCUUUUCUGAUUGAGUUAAAGAAAAUAUGGGAGGAAGUUGGGGAGCCUGAAACAAUUACAAGAAACAUUAUUCUUGAACUUGAACAAGAGUGUAUAGAAGUGUGCAGGAGGAGAGUAGAUCAGGCAAACCAGAAAAGAGCCCAGUUGCGAAAGGCAACUGCUGACUCAGAAGCUGAACUUGCGUAUAUCUGUUCUGAAUUGGGUGAACGACCACCAUUACAUACUAAACCUAUUCCUGGAACAUUGAAGCAAGAGUUUGAGACCAUUAUUUCCCAACUAGAGGAAAUGCGAGUGAAAAAAGCAGAAAGAAAGAAUGAAUUUCAGGAAGCUCUAGAUCAAAUACAGAAAAUCUCCAAUGAGUUUUCUCUGCCUAAAGAAGAUAAUACAUGCAUUAGAGUUGGUGAUGAAAAUGACCUGUCUUUGAAAAGAUUAGAAGAGAUCCAUAGUUGUCUGAUUGUUCUGCAGAAAAAGAAGGAUGACCGCCUUAAUGAAGUUCAAAAUCAUCUGAACACUUUGAAAUCACUCUGUUCAGUGCUUGAUAUUGAUUUCAAUCUGAAAAUUCAAGAGGCACAUCCUUCUCUUGUUGACAGCCAUGCCAUCAAAAGCAUAAGUGAUCACACAAUUCAAGUAUUAUCCGCUGAAAUAUGUGGUUUGCAGGAGCUCAAGACAAAAAGACUUGAACAGUGUCAAGAUCUUGCAACGACAAUGGUGGAACUUUGGACCCUAUUGGAUACACCGAUAAUGGAUCAAAGAUUAUUUCACAACAUUACAAAGAAGAUUGCUGCUUCAGAUUAUGAAAUAACUGAGCCUAAUGCACUAUCUUUGGAUUUGAUUAGUAAAGCAGAGAUUGAAGUAAAGAGGCUGCAACAGUUGAAAUCUAGUAAAAUAAAUGAAGUUGUUGUGAAAAAGAGAUCACAAUUGCAGGAAUUGUGUCAGAGAGCGCAUCUAGUUCUUGAAGCGCAAGAUGCUGUAGAGUCUGGUGAAACAGACCCGAUAUACUUAUUGGAGAUUAUUGAGUUGCAAAUUUCAAAGGCGAAGGAGGAAGCUUCUAGUAGGAAAGAAAUACUAGAAAAAGUAGAGAAAUGGUUAGCAGCUUGUGAAGAAGAGGACUGGCUUGAGGAAUAUAACAGGGAUGAUAACCGCUACAAUGCUGGGAGGGGUGCUCAUCUCAUUUUGAAACGAGCAGAGAAAGCUCGUUUGUUGGUUAAUAAAAUUCCUGCAACGGUUGAGGCAUUGGUUGCAAAAGUGAGGGCGUGGAAUGAUGAGAAAAAAGUUGAAUUUUUAUACGAUGGUGCCAAUCUUCUUACAAUGCUUGAGCAAUAUACUAUAUCCAAGGAAGAGAAGGAGAAAGAAUGUCAGAGGCAGAGAGAAGAGAAGAAACUCGAGGGAAAAAUGAGGGCGAAACAUGAAGUUCUUUACGGUUCUAAACCAAGUCCAUCCAUGAGUGGAAAAAAGGCUUCAGGUACAUCAGUUGGAUCUUUAUAUAACAAAAGAUACUCAAUUCAACCUGCUCUUCUUCAGUUAACUCCAUCCAGUUCUAGACAGAAAGGUAACAACAUUUUAGCAAUUUUGAAUCUGUAUUUCAUUUGUGGAAGAAACAGCGAGGUUUCCAAAUCUCAAACUAAGAAGAAGGAUAAUCGUAAACCACUAUCCCCAUUAUCAUCAUCAAAAACAAAUAUUCAAGAAGAAAUUCGGGGUGAGAAAACAGAAAAACGCGUUAAUGAAAGAAUUCAGAAAUCAAGUCCAACUAAGAUUGGUGGUUUGAUUGAUCAUGAUUAUGUAAACAGAACUCCAGGGAGAUUGAUUUCAUCAAUACCAACAACUCCCUCAACCAUAUCGGUUGCAAUGCAAUCGGCCAUGACUCCAUUCACCCCUUCGGUUGUUGUUGAUGAAGACUCUGAAUAUUCGUUUGAGGAGAAUAGAGCCUGUUUCGCUCGUCCUAAUAAUUCGGUUUCUAGGCCUAUUCUACGCUUUUAACUAGUAAAUGUUACUUUUCUUUUCUUAGUAUUACUAAAACUACUAGGUUCCACUAUUAUUAGAAGUCCCAUUUUUUGGGGGACAUUUCCUUUCAUAAUAGUUGAACUCCAAUCAAAAGUUUUCCU